AUGUGUCACGCAAAAAAGCUACUCCUUUUCAUGGUAGCCCUCUGUUUCUGCUCCAAAAUAAAAAAUAAAAAUGUGCCCGUAAAAGAGCGUCCCAUUAACAUAUUCACAAAGGCUACCAAGAGAGACAAGCAAAAUGUUUACCUGUUUCUGGUUGGCACCACCCCGAAGAAGAAUCACAAUGAAAGCUUCUCAUCGGAAGGGAAGAACAAGGAAAAGAAGAAAAUGAAAAUGAAAAAAAUAAAAUCACUCAAUUCAUUAUCAGAUGAGGACAAAUAUAACCUCAUCAAAGACAUAAAGAAAUACUGUGAGUGCACAAAAAGGUACAGAAGGCUCCCCACAAGGGAAGUGACCAUUGGUAACAUCAAAAUCGGAGGAAACAAUAAAAUAGCCAUUCAAACCAUGACAACAUGUGACACGAAAAAUGUGGAUGCAUGCGUUGAUCAAAUUAAAAAAUGUAAAGACUUGGGGGCAGAUUUAAUCAGAUUGACAGUCCAAGGGGUUCAGGAAGCAGAGGCCAGUUAUCAUAUAAAAGAAAAAUUGCUAGCUCAAAAUAUUACCAUUCCGCUCGUUGCAGACAUACAUUUUAAUCCCAAAAUUUCUCUGAUGGCAGCAGAUGUAUUUGAUAAAAUACGUGUGAACCCAGGAAAUUAUGUAGAUGGAAGAAAAAAAUGGAUCGACAAAGUAUACAAAACGAGGGAAGAAUUCGAUGAAGGAAAAUUAUUUAUACAGGAAAAAUUCGUUCCAUUGAUUGAAAAAUGUAAGAGAUUGAAUAGAGCCAUACGUAUAGGUACAAAUCACGGCUCUUUAUCUUCUAGGGUCCUCUCGUACUACGGGGAUACCCCCUUAGGCAUGGUCGAAUCAGCAUUCGAAUUUUCAGAUUUGUGUGUACAAAAUAACUUUUUCAAUCUGGUUUUUUCCAUGAAGGCUUCCAACGCCUAUAUAAUGAUACAGUCAUAUAGGCUACUCGUAGCUAGACAAUAUAACAGGAUGAUCAAUGGCUUGUUAUUCCCCCUGCACCUGGGUGUUACGGAAGCAGGAUUUGGGGAUAACGGAAGAAUAAAAUCUUAUUUGGGAAUAGGUUCGCUAUUGUACGAUGGGAUAGGAGACACCAUCAGGAUGUCGUUAACGGAAGACCCUUGGGAAGAAUUAAUUCCAUGCAAAACUUUAAUUAAAAAUUUAAAAAAAAGAGUUUUUUAUGAUGACCAUGCAGAGGGGGGUGAAAAAGACGGUCAGGUUUUUUCUUCUCCUUCAGGGGAUAAUAGUUCUUCUAAAUUGCUCAACUUCGAGGAGCACUUUCGAAAUUUUAAUAAAAUUACAAAAAGGAAAGUUGAAAAGAGAGAAGGCGUAUUGCAUGAAGAGUUCACCAUCGGGAAUGUAGUCACUGAGAAGGAGCUGGAAGACUCACUUCAAAUUUUCAAAGACUUGAAUUUAGAGGUCGAUCAAAAUGGGAACCUCAAAAAGGGAGUCAAAUCCACAGACAUUCUUGUUAUCCCCAAAUUGGGGGCGCUAAGCAGCAGAUCGAGGGCGACCCUGGGAAAAUUGGCAGAGGGGGGUGUGCACAUGCUGGCGGAAUACUAUGAGGGGGACGUCGCCAUGUUAAGCGGCAGCACCAAUGGGAUGGACCACGUUGCUCGGAACACCCUAUUCUAUCUCGAUCUGAACCGCGUACAAACCAUGCUACAGAAGAACGAGGGGCAAAUCCCCUUGCACAGCGCCGCGAAGGGGUACGUAAUAGUUGUCAACGGGAAGGAAGACACGAAGCUUAUUGAACAGGUGUUUAACCAAAUCAAAGAGGAGAAAAAACCACUUCCCUUAUUCUUCCUUCUCAAGUCAGACAAUAUACACGAACAUGUCCUAACUACUAGACGGUUCAACGAAAUUGUGAACUCCUUAAAUAUAAAUCUGCCUUAUGUGCACUAUGCUAAUAUCAACUCGACCAACUAUGAUGAUAUGUUAGUCGAUUCAGCACUCUACGUCGGCACCUGCCUAAUCGAUUUAAUGGGAGAUGGACUUAUAAUAAAUGUCACGAAUGAGCAUAUGAAACAGAAAGGACAAACUAAAGAGGGAAUUUCUUCUCGGGUUGCACUAAACUCAUUUCUUACUUUGAACAUUUUGCAAGACACACGUGCUCGUCUAUUUAAAACAGAUUAUAUUGCCUGCCCCUCGUGUGGUCGAACCCUUUUUAACAUACAAGAAACCACAAAAAGGAUUACGAAACUGACUGGUCAUUUGAAGGGAGUUAAAAUUGCCGUCAUGGGAUGCAUUGUCAAUGGUAUUGGUGAAAUGGCCGAUGCACAUUUUGGUUAUGUUGGAAGUGGCCCCAAAAAAAUCGACUUGUAUUAUGGGAAAGAACUCGUCGAGAGAAACAUCCCUGAGGAGGACGCCUGCGACAAACUUGUAGAGCUCAUUAAGAAGCAUAACAAAUGGCAGGACCCGUAG